GAAUUAAUAUAUAUCUGUAUUUACACUGUGUCUCUUCAUCACAUUUUAUGCUGCUCAUGUAUAUAAUUUGUUUCUUUUGUAUACAUGUAAACAAAAACAUACCUCGCAAGAAAUCUAAAUUGUUCUAAGGCAGUUGGAAAAUAGCCAAACUAAUAUCAGUAAUUCUUUGAUGAUCUUUUGAUUUAUUAAAAAAAUAAAAAAUAAAUCAGUAUUAUCAACCAGCAGAAAUUACUAUAGCUCAGUAUAGAGAGUCUGCCAAUACAGAUACCACUCAGAUACUUUUCUUGUGUAAAACUUGCUUGCUUAAGAUCACAAUGAAUAAAAUAGUAGAGGCAGCUUCUUAAGAGUGUGUGGUUGUAGAAAAUAGUGUGACAGACGUCGUCUUCUGUUUACAGGCUGUACCACUUUUGUGUACGUGUUGUUAUUUAAUCAUCUUUUUUCGACCCCAUGUCAUGUCAAUAAGUGACAAAUGUACAAAACCCUAUCUUAAACUAGUGCACAAAAAACUUUUGUUUUGGUUAAUCAAUAUUUCAAGAAUUUUCCUCAUACCAGGUCACUUCCUGGUUUAUUCUUCUGUUAGACAGAUAAAACGUGUGUGUUACUGUUUGUAAUAGUUAGUGUGUAGAGAGGCUGCAGUAUGUCGCUCUGUGUGCCGCUGCUGUUGAUCCUGCUUGUAUGCAGCUCCCAGGCGACUCAUUUCUUUGGGACAGUGAUGACCUAUUACCCAAAAGCGACCAGCACCAGUGGAUCUGUCACGGUGGUCCUUCGCUAUAAGCUGAACUUCCACUCAUGUACUGAUGGGGACACGUGGGACUGCUUCAAUGGGAACUGUGGGACCCAGAGUUCUUUUGCGCUGAAUGUAGUCUACCGUGAGAGAAGUGGAGAGUGGUGCCAGAGAGAGGGAAUCAUGACGCUGCAGGUUCCCAGCAACGCCCUGUUUCACCUUCGGUUAGAUGGUGGUAACUGGAUAAAUAACAUCGUAAAUGGCAUUGUAUCAUGGAGAGCUGUGACUCGGGUGGAGCUGCGGAACCGGUCGGACACCAACAUACCCAACAGAUCACCCCAAACCACCGUACUGCCAGCUGUGAGAGUUCCUUCAAACUGUCAGAGAGAUUUCAACCUGCUGGCGUUUGACCCUGAUGGAGACGAGGUUAAAUGCAGAUAUGGAAACACAGUACUGUCAGAGUGUAACCCCUGCACACCGGCGUCUGUUCUCAACCUCUCAUCAUCUUGUUCGCUGUCAUUCAGCCCCACCAGUAGCAGUAAUGAAGGUCUGUACGCCGUACAGCUGGUGAUGGAGGACUUUCCCAGGCAGACAAUCACUCUGAGUCAAACCAACGGAGUGCUGGUGAUGACAACUACCAACAACUCUCUCAGCAAAAUACCUGUCCAGUUUGUUUUAAAAGUGGACCCAGUGGUCCCAUCCUGCACAGAGGGACUCUAUCUGCCCAAGUUUCUGCCUCCAACACCGGCCAACAGAGCUCGGCUGUACACUCCUGUCAAUCAGACCCUGGAAAUCAGCAUCAAUGCGCAGGCAAAUAUCUCCACGAUCUCUGAGCUGCUGUUCAGCGGGCCGUACAACAUAUACCAGGUUAGAUCAGGAGCAGGACAGUUCAUCCUGAGUUGGACGCCGUCUGCGGACGAAGACGGUGAAAGCCACCCCAUCUGCUUUGUCGUCCAAGCAGUUUAUAAUUCAACAAAGUAUCACUCUGAGCUCCGAUGUGUCAUUGUAAGCGUUGGAAAUGACCCAUCACCAACUGCAACCACAGAAACUCCACCACCAUCCAUCGUCGUAGGUCUUAGGGUGAAGUUUUCUGUUCCCUUUCCGGUGUCUGAUGACUACAUCAGCAAUAUUGUUGUACAACAGUUUAAAGAUGAACUCAAGAGACUAGGCCUGCCAUCAGACAUCGCUUUGAGCUUCGUGAAGAGAGUGUAACUGGAAGUAACAACCACAGCGCCUCCUGCUGGUUCAACUUCAUCAUCUAAGGAGUCCUGCAGGGAAAUUUUGUUGGGCUUUUCUUACUGUAUUUUAAAGAGAAAUAGCAUUUUAAUCAUGUUUGAUCAUCAAGCUUCAUUUUUUAUUUUUUAUAUUAUAUUUGGGGAAAUGGGCAUAAACAGGAGUCACAAGUUUUUGGAUUUACAGCCCGUGCGAGUUGAAACUCUUUGAUUAUCACUUUAUCUUAUUUAAGGCACAUUUGCAAAUGAGUCCUGUUGAACAUUUUUGGUGGCAACAUAUUAUCACAGUCAAUAUAAACAUUCUUCACCCAGGAAACAAGGUCAAUGUAGUAUCUUUUCUGGAACUUCUAAUCAUAUCAAAUCACCUUAUCUUCAUUAAAGUAUGUAGUUGGUCCAGUUCAGUUUUUUUCUUUUACAUGUAAACCGUUACCACUGUUAUUGUUGGUGUAUAAAAUGAUCAUUUGGGUGCUAUAUAAUCAUGUAUGACACUCAA